GUUGCUGUUGCUGAUGUAGUUGAAUCCAACAGUGACAUGAAACAAGCAGGGCUGAUUGCCACUUGCAAGUGCGUUCCUACUUGGUGUCGUUCCUGCUGCACAUAGAGAAACAGGUUGUUCUGUCCGUGAAUGCGGGCAUAGGGGCGCAAUUCGGGAUCAAGCAAUCAUCCUAUUGACUCGGAUCCUUUGAACUCACUCGAAAUGCCUCCAACGCCGACGACGUCGAAAACACAGAAGACCGACGCGAUGUCCAUCGCCGCCGAGACGGGCGAUUGCAUCAGCUCAGGGCGAAUGCGUCCUCCUUCGCAGGCUGCAGUUGUCAAAAGUGUACGGAAAACAAUUAUGGGAGGUCUUUGUUGGCGGCGAGUGUUGCUCAGCAGGAUCCUUGAUGCAAGGGAACUGGGAUACAGCACUUCUCUCGUGUUACACAGCUUCAUCCCGGAGCGGCGGACGGGAUGGCGAGCCCAGCUCCUAGGCGUUCUCGCCAUCUGGCACAUUCAGCUACGGGUGAGAACAGUGAUUGCUUCAUUUUGGACCUGGAGAGCACAGAAUACGGGGCGGAAUGAAGGGCACAAUCUACUGCUGGCAGACUCGUUCAGUCGGGAAGGCUUGCAUAGAUCAUGUGCACUACGCAGACAACAUAGCGGGAGCGGGCAGGCCGCACGGAGACCAGAAGAACGGUGGGAAGACAUUUGAAAUGUCGCAGUCGAGAGCCGGAUCGCUGAAGGUCAGAGUCGCCGGCCUGGGAUCUGAUCACACAAGGGCGGGCGUGUAGGUGGUGCCUGAACGUCGAGUGGUAGCCACGGCGGAUGGAAAGAGGAGGACA